AAGGGUCAUUGUGCGUCACCCAAGGCAUUUUGGCCAAGGGUUAAUAAAGAUGCAGGGGACAAUCAGAAGUAUUUCCUUUUCUCUGCGUUGUGCUAAACAGCUAUCAGCUACUCUUAGGAAUAUGUCCUCUGUGACCAUCCCUCCACCACCAACCCUCCUGCAGCCCCUGAAUGUCCCACAGCGUCUCAUGCUGGGUCCUGGGCCUUCCAAUGUACCCCCACGAAUACAAACUGCUGGGGCGCUGCAGAUCAUUGGUCACAUGCACCCUGAAAUGUUUAAGAUAAUGGAUGAGAUUAAGCAGGGGAUCCAGUAUGCCUUCCAGACACAGAAUACACUGACUCUGGCCGUGAGUGGGUCUGGACAUUGUGCCAUGGAGACGGCACUUUUUAAUGUGGUGGAGAAAGGGGAUGUGGUGCUAAUCGCUGUGAAAGGAAUCUGGGGGGAAAGAGCAGCAGAUAUCACAGAAAGGAUUGGAGCUGAUGUGCGUCUUUUGUCAAAACCUCCAGGUGAGGGUUUUACCUUGAAGGAUAUUGAGAAGGGUUUAGCAGAACAUAAACCUUCGUUAUUCUUCAUUACUCAUGGAGAGUCAUCCAGUGGUGUAGUCCAACCUUUAGAUGGUAUUGGAGAGCUGUGUCACAGAUAUAACUGUCUAUUUCUUGUAGACUCAGUGGCAUCACUAGGUGGAGCCCCUCUCUACAUGGACAAGCAAGGAAUUGAUAUCUUAUAUUCUGGAUCUCAGAAAGUUUUGAAUGCACCUCCAGGAACGGCACCUAUUUCAUUUAGUGAAGCAGCAAGUAAGAAGAUUUUCAGCCGUAAGACUAAACCUCCAUCUCUGUAUGUCGAUCUGACCUGGUUAUCAAACUACUGGGGCUGUGACGGAAAACCAAGAAUAUAUCACCACACAGGACCGAUAACUAACCUCUACUCACUGAGAGAGGGACUCGCCAUCCUGGCUGAGAAGGGUUUAGAAAAUUCCUGGGCUAUGCAUCGUGAGAACGCUUUAAGCCUGCACAAAGGAUUGGAGGGUCUAGGACUGCAGCUUUUUGUGAAAGACCCUGUGCUUCGUCUUCCCACUGUCACAACAGUCACUGUGCCAAGUGGAUAUGAAUGGAAAGACAUUACAACUUAUAUUAUGAAGAAGCACAGCAUUGAAAUCACUGGGGGUCUGGGACCAUCCACUGGAAAGGUUCUCCGUAUUGGACUUAUGGGAUACAACUCUACAAAAGCCAAUGUUGAUCGUGUUUUGGAGGCUCUUCGUGACGCUCUGCAACACUGCGCUAAAAACAAGAUGUGAAAAUUCUUGCUGGCUAAGGAACCUACACACUCAGUACAAUGAACACUUCAACUUCUGAAGCUGGGGAAAGCGCUUGUUGGAAAAUAUGAUCGUUAUUAUGAGGUCAUUGUCUUAAAAUUGUUGAAGGUUAUGCAUCUCUUUAAUAAAGCAGAAUUUAAUUUAAAUACAA